UGAACUCUUGCACCCGAUAGAUUGGCGCCCAAUUUAUCAGUCUAUUCCCGCCAAAAGAGUCUACGUUCUAACCCCACCGUCCCCAAAGUUCGCCGGCCAUUUACACACAUUCCCCCCUCGCUGGCUGACUAAAGAGAAUAGCUGAGCUCCGGUCAUGGCUUCCGAUUCAUCUCCCGCUAACACUCACGUCGAUCCGACCUCACCUUAUGAGUCGCAAUCGAGCCCAAUUGGAAAUACAUUCUCAUCUCCAGCUGAUACCAGUCGCAGGAAGCGAGAGCGCCGCUCUUCCUCCACCGCCACGCCACCUGCUUCUGCUAACACUCGCUUCACUACACCGGAUGCUACGCCUAAUUCGUCCAGCAGAAUUCCUCGAGGACGGGGUGGAAGGAGGUCCACUUCUGCCGCUGCUGCAGCCACACCUUCUUCAUUGGGUGGUAGAAGGGGCGGAAGCGACGCUUCUCCGGCGCCUUCAGCAUCCUCAGAUGGCAUUGAAGGUGAUGGCGGCGAGGAGGCCCCACCAACGUAUGUGUGGGGCACAAAUAUCGUCGUUCAAGAUGUGAAUGCCGCAAUUCUAAGAUUUCUAAGGCAUUUCCGUGAAGAAUCUUCUCAAGUUGAAGGGAAAUACAUGAUUUCUAUUCACCAUGUGAUCGAGAUGGAAGGUGAUUCACUUGAAGUGGAUGCACAUGAUGUGUUCGCCUAUGACAGUGAUUUGUACAACAAAAUGGUCAGAUACCCACUAGAGGUCUUAGCCAUAUUUGACAUUGUUUUGAUGGACAUGGUAAGCAGAAUCAACCCUUUAUUCGAAAAGCUCGUACAAGUUCGAAUUUUCAAUCUUAAAGCGUCUAUUUCCAUGAGAAAUCUCAAUCCUACUGACAUCGAGAAGAUGGUCUCUAUCAAAGGAAUGAUAAUACGAUGUAGUUCUAUUAUACCUGAGAUCCGGGAAGCAAUAUUCAGGUGCCUUGUCUGUGGUUAUUACUCUGACCCUAUUGUUGUGGAUAGAGGGAGAAUUAGUGACCCUACACGUUGUGAGAAGCAAGAAUGCCAAGCCAGAAACUCUAUGACUCUGGUUCACAACCGGUGCAGGUUUAUAGAUAAGCAAAUAGUGAGACUUCAAGAAACACCCGAUGAUAUUCCGGACGGUGGAACACCACAUACAGUGAGCUUACUGAUGCAUGACAAGCUAGUGGAUGCCGGGAAACCCGGUGACAGAGUUGAGGUCACUGGCAUUUACCGUGCAAUGAGUGUUAGAAUUGGGUCUACACAAAGGACUGUCAAAUCACUUUUCAAGACUUACAUCGACUGCCUACAUUUGAAGAAGACUGAUAAGUCAAGAAUGAAUGUAGAGGAUCCAAUGGAAAUUGAAAAUGGAUUUAACAGGAAUAAAGAUGAACCUUUUAUUGACUCUGCGAACAAGAUUGAGCAGCUAAAGGAAUUGUCUAAGCAACCUGAUAUAUAUGAAAGGUUAACGAGAUCCUUAGCCCCAAAUAUAUGGGAGUUGGAUGAUGUCAAGAAAGGCCUUCUUUGCCAACUUUUUGGUGGCAAUGCAUUGAAAUUGGCAUCUGGUGCAAGCUUUAGAGGAGAUAUUAAUGUUCUCCUUGUUGGUGAUCCCGGGACUAGUAAAUCCCAGCUGCUGCAAUACAUUCACAAGCUUUCACCUCGUGGCAUCUACACUAGUGGGCGAGGAAGUUCUGCUGUUGGAUUGACUGCCUAUGUUGCCAAAGAUCCUGAGACUGGAGAAACUGUUCUUGAAAGUGGUGCACUGGUUCUAAGUGACAAAGGAAUAUGCUGUAUCGAUGAAUUUGACAAAAUGUCUGAGAAUGCAAGAAGCAUGUUGCAUGAAGUCAUGGAGCAACAGACUGUUUCAAUAGCAAAGGCAGGGAUUAUUGCUUCACUUAAUGCAAGAACUUCUGUACUAGCUUGUGCAAAUCCAAUUGGUUCACGCUACAAUCCUCGUUUGUCUGUUAUUGAUAAUAUCCACCUCCCCCCAACACUGUUGUCCAGAUUUGAUUUAAUUUAUUUACUUCUGGACAAGGCUGAUGAGCAGACAGAUAGACGCCUAGCAAAGCAUAUUGUUUCUUUGCACUUUGAGAAUCCGGAGCACUCGCAGCAAGAUUUUAUAGACCUCCCAACUUUAACUGCUUACGUGAGCUAUGCACGAAAGCAUAUACACCCUCAGUUAUGUGAUGAAGCCGCUGAUGAAUUGACAAAAGGAUAUGUUGAGAUGAGAAGAAGGGGGAACUUCCCAGGCAGUAGCAAGAAGGUCAUCACAGCCACACCCAGACAGAUUGAGAGUGUAAUACGUCUCAGUGAAGCUCUUGCUCGGAUUCGAUUCUCAGAAUGUGUUGAAAAGAGAGAUGUUUUGGAGGCAUUUCGGCUUCUAGAUGUUGCAAUGCAACAGUCUGCAACGGAUCAUUCCACAGGAACCAUUGAUAUGGACCUCAUCACCACUGGAGUUUCAGCGAGUGAAAGGUUGAGAAGGGAGAACCUUGUAUCAGCCACUCGCAACUUCAUUAUGGAAAAGAUGCAACUGGGAGGGCCAUCAUAUCGGUUGAUUGAGAUACUGGAAGAGUUGAAGAAGCACAGUUCAGGCACUGAACCUAACCUCAAUGAUCUGCGAAAUGCACUCUACACACUUGCAAGUGAAGGAUUUGUUGUUGUCCAUGGUGACAGUGUGAAGAGAAUAUGAUGGACGAACACUAUGCUAAUUUCAUCAGAAAUGAUCCACAUUAAAUGCUUUAAUUGGAUGGAGUAAUAUUGUAGCCUGAGAAGAAAAUUCUACUUAUAUAAACUAGUAUUGCAGAAAGCUGUGUAAUUUAGUAGCUUACCUUUUAAAUUAUGGCCUUAUGGGCUCUCAGUAAUGGAAAACCAAUGUGUUUCAAAUGCGACAUUAGAUUGAAAGGUGUCAUGUAUAAUAUUCCCACCGUCCCAUUGAAAUGUUCUCACUUUUUUUUGAUUUCCUAGCUAAAAAGUUUUCAUUUUCUAUUUUAGGAAACAAACAACACUCUUAUAUAUU